UAGAAGAGACCAGACGAAGCGAGAGAGAUUACAGAGAUCUGUAGAGAAGAGACAUGGGGCACCAGAAUCAUCUUCACCUUCAUCGUCAUCAUGAAGCGGUGGACGAUUUGGCGAACUUGUUCACCAAAGCCAACCAUGACCUAAGCGUUGUUCAUCACCGGCUCGAGAAGGAGUUCCAGCAAAUCUACCCUGAAAAUGCGAAUCCGAUGAAGCUUGUUUAUCGGAUAAAGAAGAUACAGGAAGACCUAUUGUCCUUGAAAGAACACUGCCGUGAGCUUCUUGCUGCGAAGCAGGAUAUGAUUGACAAGGCCAGGACAGUUCUAGUUGGGAGCAGGAGUCUACUACAACGGAUGCAAGCUUCCUCUGGCAUUCCCAUCACCAGCGAUUCUGAUGAUACAGCUUUCUCUAACUUCAAUCAGAUCAUCGAUGAGUGGACUGCCCAGCUCAGGUCAAAAGCAGGGGAUGCGAAGCAAGACUCUGAUACAGAGGAUAUCAAUCAACUACUCUUCUCAGCAAUAGUUCAGGGCAGUUGAAGUAACUUGGAAAAGCACAUGGAAACCUAUCAGACAAUUUUCAGCUCCUUGACCCAUGCUGUUAUGUAAUGGGCAUGGGACAGGUUUCCCUCCAGCAAGAGCCUUCUGGGUGAGCGAAUAGAACUAUCCGUUCCUCCUUUUGAACUGUAAACAUUAGAGUGAAACGGUUAGAAAAACUAAACGGAUAUCUUGAGCUUGUGAAGCUACUGUAUAACUUGCAAUUUACCUCUUUCACAGCAGUUGGAAAAUGUGCUUCCGAUCUUGAAU